UUCAUUUUCCCAUAAUAUUCCAAAUGAUUGCUUGCUGUGUUUUUGAUGCCUAUGGCACGUUGUUCAACGUCCACUCCGCAGUUUGCAAGUUUCAGAGAAUUUUAGGUGACAAAUAUGCUUCUGUUUCAGCGCUAUGGAGACAGAAACAACUUGAAUAUACGUGGCUAAGGAGUUUGAUGGGUCUUUACGUUCCUUUUGAUCAAAUAACGGCAGACUCUUUGCAGUAUUCACUACAAGUUCACGGUUUUCAAGACGACUCAAGCAAAGUGAAUCUACUAGAUGCAUACAAGAGAUUGGAUUGUUAUGAAGAUGUACCGUCCUGUUUGAAUCAACUCAAGGAAAAUGACUUCACCACGGCCAUCUUAAGUAACGGGACUUUGCCUUCCCUCGAGAGCCUUGUCGAUUGCGCAAAUGUGGCCCCUUUAUUUGACCAACUUAUUUCGGUUUCGGAAGUUCAAGUGUACAAACCUCACCCCUCUGUGUAUGAUCUAGUCACUCGUAAGUUUCAAGUCCCCAGGCAGAACGUUGCUUUUAUUAGUUCCAAUUGUUGGGAUGCGAUUGGAGCUUCAAACUUUGGUUUUCAAGUUUUCUGGCUCAAUAGAAGUGAAAGUGUGGCUGACGUUUUACCCGGAAAUUUCACAACUAUCUACAAUUUGAAUCAGUUACUUAACGUCGUACAACGUUUAUGAAGCUAGCCUUUUUCACGUAGCCAUUUUAGAAAAUGAAGCAACACCAGUAAGGAGUAAAGACACAUAUAUUCGUGCAGAUAAUCCUAUGUCAAUAUUCUGUUCCGGAACUUGUGUCAAAGAAAAUAAAGAGUCUUAUCAAAAU